UUGGUUCAUUGUUUAUCGAAUCUCGGUCAGCGGAGUCUAACUUCGGGGACAAGCCAAAGGCAAAUAAGUACUCCACCAGAGACGACCGGCGAGCUCUAUAAUUUCGCCGAUCAGCGAGAGACCGCCGCUAGAGCAACGAGCAGCGUCGACGGCGCAGCGAAUCAAAGGCUUUGAACCGUGGACAUGUCUACUUCUCACCUUCCAGCGACGGAAGAAUCUCUUGCUCAGGCUUUGGAAGCUGAAGCUCCAUCUGAGGCCAUCUCCAUCCUCUACCGUGUACUCGAGAAUCCUUCCUCGUCUUCAGGAGCACUGCAGAUAAAAGAAAAAGCCAUUGCAAAACUCACUGAUCUGCUAAGGCAAGAGAGUAGGGCGGAGGAUCUUCGCAGCCUGCUGACUCAGCUGCGACCUUUCUUUGCCGUGAUUCCCAAGGCUAAAACCGCGAAAAUCGUCAGAGGAGUACUCGAUACUGUUGCCAAAAUACCCGGCACAUCCAAUCUGCAAAUCGCCCUGUGCAAGGAAAUGGUCGAAUGGUGUCGGGCAGAAAAGAGGAUGUUCCUCAGGCAGCGUGUUGAGUCGAGGCUCGCAGCACUUCUGAUGGAGAACAAGGAGUACACAGAAGCGUUGGCCCUUCUCACCGAGUUGGUAAAAGAGGUGAGGAGGUUCGAUGACAAGUUGCUUCUUGUGGAGAUAGACUUGCUAGAGAGCAAGCUUCACUUUUCGUUGAGGAACCUGCCUAAGGCCAAAGCUGCUCUUACAGCUGCAAGAACCGCUGCAAAUGCGAUAUAUGUUCCUCCGGAGCAGCAAGGCAUGGUCGAUUUGCAGAGUGGGAUUCUUCACGCUGAGGAGAAGGAUUACAAGACAGCCUACAGCUACUUCUUUGAAGCGUUCGAGUCUUUCAAUGCUCUAGAGGACGACAGGGCAGUUUUCAGUCUCAAGUACAUGUUGCUGUGCAAGAUCAUGGUGAGCCAAGCUGAUGAUGUUGCCGGGAUAAUUUCCUCAAAGGCUGGACUCCAGUAUGUGGGGCCGGAGCUGGAUGCCAUGAAAGCUGUUGCUGAUGCUCACUCCAAGCGGUCGUUGAAGUUGUUCGAGACAGCACUGCGUGAUUACAAGGUUCAGCUGGAAGAAGAUCCCAUUGUUCACCGGCACCUCUCUUCCCUGUAUGACACAUUGUUGGAGCAGAACUUGUGCAGGCUGAUUGAGCCUUUCGCCAGGGUUGAGAUUGCACAUAUUGCGGAGCUUAUCGAACUGCCUAUUGAUCAUGUGGAGAAGAAGCUCUCGCUGAUGAUUCUGGACAAGAAGUUUGCCGGGACAUUGGAUCAAGGCGCCGGCUGCCUCGUCAUAUUCGAUGAUCCCAAGACUGAUGCUAUAUAUCCAGAUACAUUGGAGACCAUUGCCAACAUGGACAAGGUUGUCGACAGUCUUUUCGUCAGGUCUGCGAAGAUCAUGACAUGA